AUGCGCCUUCAAUCGUUUCGCUUCAAAGUCGUCCACAUAGCGGGGAAAAUCAAUAUCGCGGACCCACUCUCACGGCUUCCGCAGUUCAAGAACUGCACAACCUACGAUCGAUUCGGUGAGGAAGCAAUUCUUACCGUUACGGAACAGGCGAGACCCGUGGCACUGUCGGUGGAAGAUGUAAUCCGUCACUCAUUGGCGGACCCUUUGCUGGCUGCACUAAAGGAGGCUAUGUUGACAAACCGUUGGACCGAAGAGUUGAAAAAGUUCGCACCAUUUAAAAACGAAAUCUACAGCUGCAACGAAAUGGUAAUGCGUGGUGACAGAAUGAUUAUACCUCAGAGUCUACAAAAGAGAGUUCUGACACUGGCGCACAUUGGACAUCCCGGUAUAGAGCGAUCAAAGCAGCGUUUAAGAUCUAAAGUGUGGUGGCCGUCUAUGGACAAGGACGUGGAAAAAGCUGUACGAAGUUGUUUAGAUUGCCAGAUUGUGGGAGGAACUUCACCACCGGAACCGAUGGCAAUGCGAGAAUUGCCUGAAAAUCCAUGGGAAACAUUGUGUAUGGAUAUUCUGGGUCCACUGCCAUCUGGAGAAUCUCUUUUAGUCGUCGUGGAUCUGUACAGCCGAUUCAGAGUAGUGGAGGUUCUGCGUCAAACUGCUUCGAAGGACAUUAUUGGUAAACUCCAUCCUCUGUUCAUGCGAAUGGGGCUGCCAUGCAGAUUGAUGAGCGACAAUGCAGCAAAUUUUAGCAGCAAAGAGGUGCAGGACUUUUGUGAAGAGCUUGGAAUCCAGCUUCGCCACACCACACCUUACUGGCCACAAUCAAAUGGCGAAGCCGAACGCCAAAAUCGAAGUAUCUUAAAAAUCUUGAAAAUUGCUGAGCUGAACCGGUCCAACUGGAGGAAGGAUUUGGAAGAGCAGAACUAUGUGUAUUCCCUCACUCCACAUCCAGCGACAGGGAAAUCCCCAGCGGAGCUAAUGUGCGGUCGAAAAUUUCGGGACUGGAUUCCACAGAUCACCCAAGCCAAUAACGCAGCGGACGAGGAGAUCAGGGACAACGAUCAGGCGUAUAAAUAUCGAUCCAAGGUGUAUGCUGAUGCAGCAAGGAAUGUAAGAGAGGCAGAUCUACGAGAAGGAGACCAAGUCCUAAUGAAAAAUCUGCAUCCUGCGAACAAACUAGCUUCGACGUACCUACCUACUCCUGCAACGGUUAUUAGCAAGCACGGUAACGCCGUUACUGUAGAAACGCCUGAGGGAAUCAGAUACCGCCGAAACUCAAGCCACUUGAAGAAGCUGCCAACAGUAGCUGACGGCGACGACGACACAGGAGAAGAUACAUCAUGCUGGUCAACUCCGAUGCAGCAAAGCACUCCGAUCAACACGAGCCAGACGGAGCAACGGCGAGGAUCAGUUCUAACUUCAUCCGGGACAGCAGAACCAACUACACUCUAA